UAGGCAGGUACUACAAUGGGAAAGGGCUCUUCCUCUCCUCACAGUCGUGUCCCAGCCCCCUCGACGUUUUUGUUGCCCUCUGCUGGACUCUCUCCAACUCGUCCACAUCCUUUCAGCAGUGCGGGGCCCAAAGCUGGACACAGGACUCCGGAUGUGGCCCACCCUGUUCCUGUCACAUCACACUAGGGACUGCGUGACCCCUGGCACUAGGCUGGGCCCUCCCUCCGAGGAGAUGAGGGGAUGCAGGCACAAGCCCCCUGCUCUCUCCUUCCGAGCGGGCAGCAAGGAGGGGGCGGGGAAGCACGCUGCAGCGAGCCCCACGCCAUCCCCGCCCCGGGGGCAGGGGAAUGCUGGGAAACACGCUGUUCCGCCUGCCUCUGGCUUGGGGCCACUCCGCGCGGAGCCCUGAUUGGCCACUUUCCCGGAGCGUUCGAUUUCGGAACCCCGGUGGUCGCCACGUUCAGAGCGAGCAAGGAUGAGUUGGGACUGGAUUGGCUUUAGCUAUGCCGCCCUGAUUGCUUCGGGUGGAGUAAUUGGUUAUACAAAAGCAGGUAGUGUCCCAUCUCUAGCUGCUGGCCUUCUCUUUGGGGGGUUAGCUGGGCUGGGUGCUUACCAGCAGUCCAAGGACCCAAAGAAUGUGUGGCUUUCCCUGAUUGCAUCUGGAACCUUGACUGCAGUUAUGGGGAUGAGAUUUUACAACUCCAGAAAAUUCAUGCCUGCAGGGUUAAUAGCUGGUGCCAGCAUCUUAAUGGUUGGGCGCCUUGGACUGAAGAUGAUGGAGAAGCCUCUUGAGCCAUAAUUCUGUGACUGGAAGGUGUGUGGAUGAGAAGUCUGAAAAUGCAGCUGCCUGAAUGUACUUUGCAAGAGAAGCAGAAGACACAGCCGUUUUGCUUAAUUUUUUUCUUAUCCUAACGUGUGUCUUUUUUACAGGAAAGGAAAUCAACAGUCUUCAUCUUCUAAAAUGGCAUUUUAUCUUCACAUUUCCCACAUGGUGGAGCAAAAAAUGGGGUAUACCAUUAAUUUAUGUUCUGAUCCUGUAGCUAGUUGUACUUUGAUAUCUCAGACCCUACGUACAGGCAGUCACAGGAUUGAGGUGUUCAGUGCGUCUGGACUUGUUAUUCCCUGAAGCGUGUCCGCUUCCAAAUUUGGACACACAAAAUACUUUAUUUUUGGUAACUGGUGUGGUUGCGGGGGAGAAACAGCCAACCUGCUACCAAUACUAAUUAUACAAAAUGUGCUCAGUCUGUUGUAACCUUGGGUCUUCACUUCCUGCCAUCAUUUUUGUCUGCUUCAUCCUGUCACAAACCUACAGUAUGAGCUAGCUUGAGCAGGGAAUUUCUUAAUACUUAUUUGUAUGAAGCCUGACAUGGAGAUCACAGAUCAAGGGUCAGAGCCUCUAGGUGUAUUGUAUAAGGUAAGAGUAUCUAUAGCGAGUAUCUGGCUACACACCAUGAAAUUCACUCAGAUAAUACUUGUUGAGCUUUCAAAAAUAUGCUUGAUCUGAAAAUGCUUGAAGCAUUGGCAUAUGCUCUUUUGAAGUCCGAAGAAUGUUUCUUUCACUUCUUAAAAUUAAGCAAGAGGUCACUCCGAUGAAACAAAUAGAUGACUGUUAUGCUCGUGAAGAUCAAAUAGGGUACAAGUAUCACUCUUCUGGAUUGAGUCAGUUUCAUGCCAGCCUUGUAGUAUGCUUGGGUUAAUUUGUGAAAAUGAGUCAAUUUUAAGAUGUUAGUAUGUAUACAUAGUCAAUGAAUUACAGCCUCUUACGUGGAAGGGGCAAAAAGAGUGAACAAAUACCAAUGACUUAUUCUACUGUA